AUGCGUCAACUCUCUGUUCAACCUGAAACUUCCGGCCAGAACCCGGAACCUCCGGCCGCCCCGGAACUUCCGGCCGCCGAUGAUCCAGACAAGCCCGGGCGUGCCAACUCUCUGGUUCUACCCUACAUCAUCUUGGUAGUGAAGCCUGACACUGUGGUUGUGAGGGCGAACCUAAGCUGUCUCCUGGUACAUCCGGUGAUGCUUGGCGGUGUAUCACAGUUUGAAAAAAGUGUGUCACAUAUGUUCAAAAGCCACAAAGAUUGCUCGAAUCGAGUCAAGCUCGUGCAAAAAUCAUCUAUACCGGCACCGGCUCAUCCCAAGGGUGAUUACUUGAUUGUGCAGUGCACCAUCACAGUUUUGAAGGAACAGACAGACGUGGCAGCCGCGGUGCCCGUACCGGCCUCUAACCUGCACCAGCACUUCGGGGACCUCUUACAACGUGGGAUUGAAGCCAACAUCACAUUUGUUGUGUCGGGCGAGUCAUUUGCUGCUCACAAGAUCAUACUGGCUGCUAGGUCGCCUGUUCUCAUGGUCGAGUUCUUUGCGCACAUGAGGGAGGCGAGCGCUCAACGCAUCAUGAUAGAGGACAUGGAGGCGGCAGUAUUCAAGGCAAUGCUGCACUUCAUCUACACUGACACAGUGCCUGAACUUGAUCGGGAGCUGGAGGCAGUAGAGACGAUGGCUCAACAUCUGCUUGUGGCGGGUGACAGGUACGGGUUGGACCGGCUCAAGGUUAUCUGCGAGGGAACAUUGUCCGGUGUCAUCAACAUUGACACGGUGGCGACGACUCUGGCUUUGGCUGAGCAGCACAACUGUUCGCACCUUAAGGCUAAGUGUGUUGAGUUUAUCAUCAGCACUCCUGCGAUCCUUGAUGUCGUGGUGGCAACGGAGGGGUAUAAGCAUCUGGAGACAAGCUGCCCCGCAGUGCUUACUAGCAUUGUCCUUUCCAUGCGUGGGAGAAGGAACUGA